UCAGCUCAUUCGUAAGCGGCGAUUCUGGGGAAAGGAAGCAUUGUGCGGUGCCGUUUUGCAGUUCAUUCAGACACUUGGCUGUGAAUUGAUGGUGAACAGGAUUCUUUUUAUGGUUUGAAGAAACAGGAAACAGAGGAAGAGUUAAUUGAAAAUGAUCACAGAGUUAGUACCUCAAAAAUGACCAAGCAGUCCUUGAAAGAAAUAGAAAAAGUUGCCCUGCCGAUAAAAGUGGCCUCAGGACCUCGUGCCGAGUGGGCUGACGACUCCAGAGAUGCCGCUCUGCACCACACUGGCUGUCCAAACUUUAGAGGGUCACGCAAGCAAGGUUUCAUUCCUCCUCAGAUAACUCAGAUAUAUGACGAGUUAUUUCAGAUACACCUGAAGCUGCAGUGCGAGAGUGCGGCGCAGCAGAACUUCGCUGAGGAGCUCCAGAGGCGAGAGCGCUUUUUAGCCGAGCGAGAACAGCUACUCUUCAGACAUGAAGAUGCCUUGAAUAAAAUUAAAGGUGUGGAGGAGGAGGUGCUCACAAGAUUUCAGAUUAUGAAGGAGCAACACAGUGCGGAAGUUGAGCAUUUAACUGAAGUUCUUAAGGAGAGACAUAAAGAAAGCAAGAGACUGAGAUCAUCGUUUGAUGCCCUGAAAGAAUUGAAUGAUAACCUAAGAAAACAGCUAAAUGAAGUGUGUGAAGAAAACAGGAAGAUGGAGAUUCAGGCCAAGAGAGUUCAAGCCCGCUUAGAUAACUUACAGAGGAAGUAUGAAUUUAUGACCAUCCAGAGAUUGAAAGGAAAUCCCCAUGCUGUUCAUGAAGUGAAGAGUAUGAAGCAAGAAAAAGUGCCAGCGCUGAGAACUUGUAAGGUACCUCUUAACGGGCAAGUAUACGAACUCUUAACCGUCUUCAUGGACUGGAUCUCGGACCAUCACCUUAGCAAAGUGAAACAUGAGGGCUCUGACGUGGAUGGGGAAAAGCUACGACUCGCUUCUCAGAGAAGUGACAUUCAGGAGAAAUGUGUGAAGCUCUUGCCUGUGCUGACGGAGCAGCUGCAGUGUCUGCCGCUGGUGAGCGCCCGGCUCCACGAGCCGCUCGUCAGGUUCAUCUACUGGUGCCUCAGGCAGCUGGAUGCAGGGGCGCAGCAUUCAACUAUGACAUCAACAUUGCGACGAUUGGGCGAAGACAUAUUUAAAGGUGUGAUAAUUAAAGGAGUUCAAGAUAAUUCUUCAGAGUGUUCUGUGGUGAUUAAACCAAAAACAGCUGCUUUUUUUAAGAGUUCGAAUUUGCCAGUGCGAUUUUUAUCAACCCUCAUUGUUCUCAAAACUGUCACUCAAGCUGAUUACCUGGCCCAGGCAUUUGACUCCCUUUGUUUGGACUUGAAGACAGACGAAGGGAAAGCCUUGUUUCUGGAGUACCAAGCGGUUCCGGUGAUCCUGGGGCACCUGCGGGUGUCCAGCAAGGGCCUCCUCUCCAAUGCCGUCGACAGUUUGCUGCAGAUGACAGUGGAGUCCAAAGCUCUGCAGCCCUUCCUGGAAGCCUGCAGCAACUCUUUCUUUUUUCGAACUUGUUCUGUGCUUCUUCGAACCCCGAAGCUGGAUCUUCAGGUCCUAGAAAAGCUCAGUAUUAUUCUGCAGAAGCUUUCCAAAAUCAAGAGUAACAAGAAGCUCUUUGAACUCUUCACCAUUCACCUGAUGCUGCAAGAGCUACAGCGGACAACGCACCCGGAGCAUGCCUUCCUCUGCAUCAACCUGAACUCCACGCUGUUCAACUUGGGUCUGACAAAAGGCAGCUGCCCGGCCUCCAGCGCAGGCCAUUAGGCCGGCUCAUCCAUCUGGCUGGGGUACCUGUCUGUGGCUCAGCAAAGCAGCUGCAGUUCUGCCAAGUUACCAGUAACACCGUUUAUCGUGACAGAUCAUGAUUCGGAAGGCUUUUUUCAACUUGGAAAAUGAAAUCUAUUGCCACUAGGAACAUUUUGAAAUAUUUUUUUAAGGUAAUAUGAAUGUACAAGGUGGAAUUUCCAGAGUUUAUGACCCUGACAUUACUUUUUAUAAAAGUAUCUUAGGAUAAUUCUUUCUUAAAAUUAUGUGAUUAUUUGGAAUAAAAUUGGUGCUUAUGAGGAAACAAACUGUUUUCAUAAUAUAGUAGAACCUCCCAUUUGGAGGCAAAAUAUAUAUUUCCUAAGGUUCUUUUUCCUUUUGUGGUGCUGAGGAUCUAAGCCAGGGCCUCAUGCCCGCCAAGCACGCGCCUGCCAGAGCCUCCCCUGGCAGCACGUCUGCACGCGCUAGUCUUCAUGGCUCGACACGCACUGUGACCUGCAGGUUCACCUAGGAAGCGUGGCUGGGUCAGCACGGAGAGAUCAGGUACUUCGUGUUUGAGGCUGAGUAAAGAUUAUGUCACGGCAUCGACAGACUUGUAAAAACAUCUUUUGAAAAAUCCAGUAGCCAUUCAUACUAAAGCCCACCUGCAACAGAGGACUCCAGGAGAACUCCAGCUCUGUGAAGAGCUUCUGCAGAAAACCCUGGAGAGAUGACCCUUGGUGGGGACUAGCUAGACGCUCUCUGCAAAGAUAGGAGCCAGGCAGGGAGCAGCACCCACUGAACAUCUGGCUAAGGCUGAGCUGACUGGGAAAGGAGAAAUAGAAUGCUUCUGGCCACAGGCAACUGUUGUCUUUUAAAAAGAUCCUGAAAGAAUCAACAACAGCAGACAAAACCCCUCCUUGGAACGGAGAAGCAGUUAGAGCAGGGUUGCGAGGUAUGACAAGAACGACCGAAAGGCGAUCGCUUCCUGUAGGUCAUCAGUGAGCAGCUGGCAUUUGAAACGAGAGCACAUGCACUCCCCCAGUGAAGUAGCUAGCACAAGUCCACCAAAGCUGUGAAAUCCCAGACAAGGAAAGCCGACGGAGGUGCAGGGAGGCAGAGAGCUGCUCUGCAUGAGCAGGGUGCCGCUUCCUCCCAGCCGCCUGGUAGUCAAGUCAGUCUGCUCCCAGUCAGAAUUGCAGGAGCUGUAUUGUGGGUAUUGACUGGCUGACGCUGCAGUGUAAAUGGAGGCAAGACCUGGAGGAAGAAGACCGGCCCGCCAGUCUGCUCUGAAGCGGCAGGGACAGGGACCAGCUGCUCACUGGAAUGGGACAGGCCUGGGACACUGUGUGUCCUGUGUUCAUUGGUUCCCAUGACAGCGACACUGCAGCCGCAGCCUUGCAGCCAUGGAGCAGUUACUUCUGUGAAGACGUUGGCCAAAGGAACCCACUCUUCACCUAGACACCGACUAUACCUGAGGUUGUUUCUGAACAACUUGCAGAACUGUUCUCCAUUUGCCUUUAACAGUUGGUGGUGGUAUACGCCUGUCAUCCCAGCCCUUGGGAGGCUGAAGCAGGAGGAUCACUGUGGCUUUGAAGCAGGCCUGGACUGUAUCCAGCGUGAACUACAUAGUAAGACCCAUCUGAGAAAACACAGCUCUUCUUGGCUCAGAAGAUAACAGACAUGGAUGUCUGUUAUCCAUCGUAGUACGCUGUCCCAGAUUACAGUCCUGUUUGUUCCUGAACAGGCUCUGCCCUUCUGCUUUAAGAGCAGCUCUGUGGAAAGUUUUGGCACAAUGACCUGGUAUCAGAAGUGGGGUCUGAAACAAGCUCACUGUGAGAGGCCCAGCAGCCCCAGACCAGUGCAGUGCCCACCCAGGCCCUUUGCUGCUGCCUCCUGAGUCCCCUUGGCCUCAGUGGCUCUCCUGCAUUGGAGAGCUACUCUUGUCUUGUUGUCCCUUUCAGUUGAGUUCUGACCCCUGUCGGCUCUGAUUUGGGGGUGGGGGGGUGCUGCUUCAGUAAAGGAUCUCACGUCCUUCCUGGGACUGAAAGACUGUCACAUCUGAAAAACCCUUUCUGGGUGGCAACAGUUCUUUCUGGUUGGGUAUUGUAGCUUUGUAUUUGGUUGCCUACACACAUCUGUAAAUUAUUUGACUCUUAACUCUUUUCAUCCCUGCUGGUCUGACACCUUCUGGAGAUCAAAAAUAAAAACACAUCCGUGUGACGGGCGCCCUGGCCUGGCAUCCCAGAGCCAUUGGGGUAGUCACCAUGUCUGAGGGGCCCGAGUCUGCACACACACACAGUCUCGUCUGGGCCCCAGGCAGACACGCCUCCCUCGGGGCACAGGAAAACCUUCCUAGGGCCGCACACCCAGGGCAAAGACGGUCCCCCAAUAGAACCUGGUUGGCACCCUUACCAGGAAAGUACCCUGUGCCCAGACGACGGUUCUUUAGGGGCAGGGUGCGUGGAAUUCUCUUUCACUUUGAGAGAAUGAGUAAAGAGUGGAACAGGGCCAACUUAUUCAGGACCCUCCUGUCUCUCGGGAACUAUUCUUAUUCCACAUUCCUUUUCUCCAAUAAAUUAUCAUACUAAAAAAAAAAAGUGGAAUGGGACUUGGAGAGUCCAGACCCCUUGCUGCUUGCUGUUCAAGCUUUCAGGCCCAUCCUGUGCACCUGUGGACCACUGGACACCAGGCCCUGAUGAGAGCUUGGAGGCUGCCUCAAGCGCUCCCUUCUUUUACCAGGACUGGAGUGAGGUCUGCCGGGAGCUGAGCAGGUGGAGUGGGAUGCACUGGCUGUGUGGGGCGGCA